GCUGGGCUUUCUCGCGAGACAGAGGAGGAGCCGUGGGGCUGGCCGGGGCCCGGGAGGGGCCUCCGUCGCUGGAGGACCCGGGGCAUCCCUCAAGGAGGCCGGAGAAGCAGCCGGACAGGCGGGGGGAGCCGGAGAAACGGUGCGACAAAAGCCGGGCGUCCAAAGCGAACCAAACUGUGCCACAACCAGCCAUGUUGGGUUUCUGCUUUUUCCGGUCCAGCUGGAGGUAAGCUCAGCUCAUGGCGUCUCCCGCCAGGAUGACCAAAGCGCGGCUCUUCCGCCUCUCGGUGGUGGUGGGCUCCCUCUUCAUGAUCCUGCUGAUCAUUGUCUACUGGGACAACGUGGGCACGGCUCACUUCUACCUCCACACCACCCUCUCGAGGCCUCAUGGUGUGCUCCCCACCGCCUUCCAGGGGGACAGGCAGGAAUCGUUGGCAGACGUGGACGAAUUCUUGGAGACACUCUUGAGCUCUGACCUGAAACAGAGCUCGGUCAAGCUCGGCCGAAGGACAGAGCAGCCCCUUUUGCAAGCUUCCAGCCGGCCUGUCGCGGGCAACUUGGAGGAGAAUGUCCGGGGCUACGACUGGUCCACUCGGGAUGCCAGGCUGAUCCUGGACCAAGAGAAGCUGCAGGCUGAGAGGCGGAGGACCUUGCGCGAGUUAUGUGCCAAUUCCAGCUUCACCUUCCCGAACAAGGAGCGCUCUUUUGACGACAUCCCCAACUACGAGCUCAACCACCUCAUUGUGGACGACCGCCACGGUGUCAUCUAUUGCUACGUCCCCAAAGUGGCCUGCACCAAUUGGAAGCGGGUGAUGAUUGUCCUGAGCGAGAGCUUGAUGGACCAAGGCGUCCCUUACGCCGACCCUUUGGAUAUCCCCCGCGAGCACGUCCACAACACCAGCACCCACUUCACCUUCAACAAGUUCUGGCGCCGCUAUGGCAAGUUUUCCCGGCACCUCAUGAAGAUCAAGCUGAAGAAGUACACCAAGUUCCUCUUUGUCCGCGACCCCUUUGUGCGGCUCAUCUCGGCCUUCCGCAGCAAAUUCGAGCUGGAGAACGAGGAGUUCUACCGGCGCUUUGCCGUCCCCAUGUUGAAGCUGUACUCCAACUUCACCAGCCUCCCGACCUCGGUGAGCGAGGCCUUUGAGGCUGGCCUCCGGGUCUCCUUCUCGGAUUUCAUCCAGUACUUGCUGGACCCUCGGACAGAGAAGAUGGCCCCUUUCAACGAACACUGGAGGCAGGUCUACCGCCUCUGUCACCCCUGCCAGAUAGAGUACGACUUUGUGGGCAAGCUGGAGACAUUGGACGAAGACGCGGCCCACCUCCUGCAGCUCCUCAAGGUGGACCAUCUCCUCCGCUUCCCUCCCAGCUACCGGAACAGGACAGCCAGCAGCUGGGAGGAAGACUGGUUUGCCAAAAUCCCCGUGGCGUGGAGGCAACAGCUGUACAAGCUGUACGAGGCGGACUUUGUACUCUUUGGUUAUCCCAAGCCGGAGAACUUGCUGAAAAACUGAACACAGUGGAACUUGUUGGGAGCUGGGAGGGGAAAGAGAGCCUUUGAAGUACCAAGAGAGUUCUCUAUUUUUAUUUGGCAAACACAAGAGUCCUUCUGUUGAUGGUGACGCACUCAAGCAUCCCAUUUUGCCUCCUGUUUGCUUGAGUUCACCAUCCUUGAAUCUUCCUUUGGAGGAGGGCAAUGUGUGGGUCCCUGUUUGCCCCCCAAAACGUGUCCUGUUUUCUCUUGGCCUCCAAUACCACAUGAGAUGAGCUGCUCCUGUUUGGAUGCUUUUUACAAAAUGCAUUUUUUUUUAAAAAAAGAGGAAAAAUGGACAGAAAAGAAAGAAGAAUUAAUAUAUUGAAAUAUUUAAGACGAAUCCUGCUGUGCAAAAGAAAGAGAGAGUAAAAGGGUUCACCACC